UAGAGGGUGUUUCAUGAAGAUCAACAUGUUUUCGCUUCGUACAAGAAUUGUUUGCAUUGUGUCCUCGUAAAACUUUAGGAUUAGAUCAAUAUUGGUGAAUGUUAAUGAGAAAAAAUCAAAAUGUCUGAGGAGAAGGAUGGUCUGAGCUUGUCGGAUGACGAAGAUGACGAAUUCGACGAGGAUGGGCAUUUGCCAGAAAUCCAAGGAACUUUGAUGAAAUGGACAAAUUACAUCCACGGUUGGCAAGACAGAUUUAUUGUCUUGAAAGAUGGGACUUUGAGUUACUACAAAUCUGAAAAUGACACGUCGUUCGGCUGUAGAGGGGCCAUCAGCCUAAGCAAAGCCUCAAUUGUGCCCCACCAGUUUGAUGAGUGUCGCUUUGAUGUCAGUGUCAAUGACAGUGUGUGGUACCUUCGAGGUGUAAAUGAAGAGGAGCGACAGCACUGGAUAUCCAUGCUGGAGCUUCAUAAGCAAGCUGACUCUGGUUAUGGCAGUGAGAACAACCUGCGUCGCCAUGGCUCCAUGAUGUCCCUCACCUCAGCCACUAGCCUCUCUACAGCUUCUGCUUCCUCCUUCAAGCGAGGUCGUGGACUGCGAGAGAAGCUGGCAGAGAUGGAGACGUUUCGGGACAUCCUCUGUCGCCAGGUUGACACCUUACAGAGUUACUUUGACAGUUGUGCCUCAGCUGUGGUCCACGGCACAGUCCAUGAUUUGGCAGACCAGGAUGAUAUGGAUGAACCAUAUGACUAUGACCAGCCAAACUCUACCACCCCCACCGCCCAGGCACAAGGGACCGGUCUCAAGGGCAACGACUUGGCCUCGCUUCUCCAACAACAUGGCCGCCAUUCCAUUGACUUCAAAGGGGAGGCAUUCACAUUUAAAGCUACUACUGCUGGAAUUCUCUCUACCUUGACUCAUUGCAUAGAAUUGAUGGCACAGAGGGAAGAUGCUUGGCGGAAACGACUUGAAAGGGAGGUGGAGAAGAGGAAGAAGAUUCAGGAGGUGUACAAGCUGACUGUGGCUGACAAGGCCAAACCUAUUGUAGUUGGAGGACCAGAUUACGAGGAGGGACCACACUGUGCCAUCAAUGAGGACGAAUUCUUUGAUGCUGUUGAUGCUACUUUAGAUAAGCUGGAGAAUGAAGAAGAAAGGAGACGUGCAGUUAAGAAAAUGGAGAGGCCUCCAGUGAAGAUAGCCCUUUCACCUAGUAGUCCAUAUUACAAUGAGAUUAACCAAGUGGUGGGUAGUCACUUAAAACACAUGGACGAGAUGACAGAGGAAGGGGAGAGCACUUGGACGUUGAUCCAUGAGGAAGGGGAGUUGAAGGUGUACAAGAGAGAGAUCGAGGAGAACGGGAUAGUACUGGAUCCACUCAAAGCUGUACACACAGUCAAGGGUAUAACUGGUCAUGAAGUGUGCCAUUAUUUCUGGGACAUAGGCUGCAGAAUGGAGUGGGAAGGCACCAUAGACAGCAGCGAAGUUGUGGAGUGGUUGUCAGAAGACACCAACAUUUGCCAUAAUGUGAUAAAGAGGGUGUGGCCAGCUUCUCAGCGUGAUGCGGUUUUCUGGUCACACAUCCGCCAUGUGCCCAGCAUGGACGAUGAGGGCCCUGACCGAUGGAUUGUGGUCAACUACUCCACAGACCACCCCUCAGCUCCGUCUAACAAGUAUGUGCGUGUGAAGAUGAACGUUGCUAUGACGUGUCAGACAGUCAUUCACCCACCUAGUGACGGCAAUAUUUGUAGAGACGACAUUCAGUGUAAAAUUAGUUAUACAGCAAAUGUGAAUCCUGGUGGGUGGGCACCUGCCACAGUACUGCGACAAGUCUACAAAAGAGAGUACCCUAAGUUUGUCAAGCGCUUCACCCAAUAUGUUAAAGACAAGACAGCUGAGCUUCCCAUAUUGUUUUAAGACAAAAUAUGUAGCCAUUUCGAACUUCGGUAACUUCAAUCCCCAUCAACACUCCAGGUCUAUUCAUACCCAGUUUAUAAAAGCUUUCAGCUAAAUUAAUAGAACCAAAUAAGAAGUAGCUUUUCUAACCAGCUGUCAGCUGUGUUACCAUGAUAAAAUAGGUUUUCAUUUUUUUUUUAAAAAUUUUUUUGUGUCACUGUGCUUUUAUUUACAGGGAAUGUUUUUUGUUUUCCUUUUGUUAUUCCAAAACAGGCCUCAUCAGUAUUUCCAUAUACAGUUUGUCAUAUAUUUCACCAGUGUCUGACUGUGUUUUUGUAUAUAGGAUUUCAGAGAUUAUAACGUCUUUGCCUGUAAUAUGUAUAUUUGUUUGUUGUAAAUUUCCCUCAAAUAAAAAUUGUCCAUGUUAAUAUUGCUCAUGUAGGGUACAUUAGUUCAAGUGUCAAUUUGAAAAGGAAACUAAGUCCUAGAAAAAGAUGCAAUUUUGAAGCAGUGUUCAUUUUGGGCUGGUUGUACAAAAUAAGUUAUUUUCCUUCCGAAAAUUCACAUCAAGUGAACAGGAAAAAACCCCUAGUCAUUGUAUCAUAUUUUUCCAUAAAUGUAGCUGUUGAAAUCGUUUUCCCCUCCUCUCUCGCUUAAGUCCCAGACUAGAUUUUGCAUGGACAUUGAAAGGUGUCCAUUGACAAUCAGAAUAUAAAGGUGUCCUGUGACAGUUUUCAAAUUGUCACUGCUUGGCAUAAUUUCAUCUCAUCAAUCAUCUUCGUUCGGGAAGGGUGAGAGAAUGAAAAGAACAACUGUUAGCUAUCUGGAAAACUACAU